AUGCUACGCCUAACACAAAAAAUCAACGAGCUAGAACGUGAGAACCAGUCUCUCGCGUCAUCAUCACAUGAGAACGCUUCCUGUCGAUUACCACCUGCUCCGCCAACCGUGGGAUCUCCGGCCAAUGCUCAUGAGCAAUAUAUUGAAGGUAAUGCAAUGAUGGGUUUCAACGAGCAGGCAGAGGAGCACACUCCGCAACAAUACAGUCAAUCUGAUGCCACAAGCUUCAUGAACCUCAUAAGAAGUCUCAUCGACCAAGAUAAGGCCAUCCCCCAUUCUCACAUAUCUCAAAUAUCUGCAACUCCUCCAUCGAGGAGUGCCCGAGGUCGAAAUUCUACUAGUCGUCGUCCAUUACCUGACUACGUGCUUCCUUCACGGCCACAAGCAGAUCAUCUGAUCUUGGUCUAUCGUCGGCUGGCUGCAACUCUCUACCCAUUCGUGGACUUGGAACGCGUCGAGUUAUUAUACCCACGGCUAUGGACAGGAGAAGAUCUAGGAGAUGAUGGCCUGACUUUUCUAUGUCUUUUAAACGUCAUGUUCAGCAUAGCGUGCAAUCUCGAUUCGUCCAUAGCGCCAACCGAAAGAGUAGAGAAAGCGAACAUAUUCUACAUUCGCGCUCAAGACCUCCUCCAAUUUGAUAUUGUACAACAACGGUCAUUGCUUACGGUACAAUGCUUCCUACUACUCGGGCAGUAUCUUCAAAGCACAAACAGCCCUCAACAGUGUUGGAUAUACGUGGGUUUUGCUAUUCGCAUUGCGCAGAGCCUUAGGCUUGAUGUCCCUUCUACAAGUGCCAAAGAGCCCUUUGUGCAGAGGGAAUUACUCCGAAGGUUAUGGCAUGGUUGCGUCCUCCUAGAUCAAGCUCUCUCAAUGACGUUUGGAAGAUCUACCAUGAUAGCACCCCAAGCUUCAAACGCAGUUCCUUUACCAGUGGCACAUCCCGAGACCACAAUAUGUCAAUGUCGUACGAGAUGUUUGUCAGAUUCAUCAACGCCGGAUUUUCACUUCUUCAUAGAAACUCUCCAGUUGUAUCGGCUGAUGAAUGAAACACUAAUCAUUCUGUACAGCUCGGAUAACGUGGGAGGUGAUAGUAACAACGUCAAUGUCGUCCAUUUUGGGUCAUUGGGUGCUAAAGCUGUUGGCAGCCUACUUGAACUCGACCACAAACUGUCCUGCUGGUACCAAGAUUUACCCAUCCACCUGCGCCAUGGUCCUGAUUCUAUUGAAGCCGCAGUCCACGAACGCCACCGGAAUGUUCUUUACAUCAGGUAUACCCACGUUAAGAUACUCCUGUUCAGACCGAUCCUCGCAAGGUACUGCUCGGAUGGGGCGCCACGUAACGCCAGCUUAAUGUCUAACCUCGACACCUUAGCCAGCAAAAUUGCGCUUCAAUUCUCGGUUGCCUGUAUCAGGGCGGCUUUCAAGAUGAUUGACUGCUUUGACGUGGCACUAUCGGGGAAGGACAUAGGGGAGGUUGAUGAGCUACUGCCGGCUUGGUGGUACAGCAUCUUCUAUGUCUACACAGCCGCAGCAGUGUUAGUUGCAGCAAGAUUGAGUCCGCCUGUUCUGGCCGAGGUUACCGAGCCUGCGGUUUCGGAAGCCUGGGACACAGCGAUGAGGAUUUUGAGUCGUUAUCAAGCACACACAAAUCUGGCAAGACGGUGUGUGACGGCUUUAAGCUUGAUCUUGAACCAAGUCAUGCAGCAGGGACAAAGACCAGAGCCCAGGUUGAUUCCAGACGCGGUUGAGUUGUUGCCACGCUCAACCGAUGUCCCCGAACCCGAAAGGUCGACACCUACUCUUGAUGAGCCGACACAUAAUCUGUCAGCAAUCCACACUCAGGACUGGGCGUCAUUCGGGAUGGAGUAUAUGGACAGAACUGGCUCGAUGAAUUUCGAUUCGGAUUUGGACAAUCUUCUCCGUCAUAUGAACACGUCCGGCAUGCAAGUUGACAUUUUUGGAGAUAUGUCGUGGCUGACUGAUAUGCCUUCACAACUUUACUAA